CCAAAAUGUCCUACAAAGGGUUCGGAUAUGUUGUGGAUUCCUGUCCCCUAAGUAAAGAAAAUACAACUGAGGCAGCUACGAGAUUGAACUGUAGUGUUGAUGAACAUGGACGUAGUCAGUACGUGUGUGUUCCCAAUGAAAACCUAACAGCCAUUGUAGAAUUCUGUUAUACCAAGUCGAUUGUUGGACUCUAUCAGGAUGGUCAUUGUUUGAAAACAAUUAGAGAUGGAUUUUUGGACCAGAUCAGCUGUAAAAACUUUACAGAAGGGUGUCCAGCAGAACAUUAUAGAAGUACAGACCUGUACAAAUAUCCAGCUUGCAGCCAUCUUAACACAGAGGACCGAUGUUUUCUUGCAGAUCCCUCUUGCAAUUCUUAUUCCAAUACUUCUAAAGCUGCUAUAGAUGAUGGAUCCGUUAACGUAGGAGUAAUCCUUGGUGUCGUCAUAUCUAUCCUGGUACUUAUGGGGAUUCUGGUGAUAGCCUUUUUCUCUUGGAGACGUUGGCAAAAACUAAAGCGUCACAAUGUGUACAAGAAUUAUUCAGAAGUCUGGAUAGGCGAUUACAGCGUGUGGAAGACAGAGAUAUCAGACCAGUUCUUCACACUGACUGAUAACGAGGUGUCCAUGUUAUAUUGUUUUCUGUGUUCUGACUCCGGUCCUCCAGACUUCACUCACACAGAGUGGCUGGACAUGCUUAAUAAGAUACGACAGGAAGUGUACGAUAAAGAGAAUCCUGUAACAAGUGAGGAAGCACAGCAGACUCUGGACAGACUGAAGUCACUUGAUUUCCUUUGGGGAGAUCAGGACAAGAUAACGAAGAACACAAAAGAUGAGACAAUGUAUAGGAUAGCAUCAAUAGACGGUGAUAUACUAUUCUGGUACAGUAGUUAUGACACAGCCAGUGUGUACCUGAGAUCAAGGAGAUACAACAGAAAACCUGGAGAGAAGUGUGUCUGUGGUGCUGGUAACUAUGAUUCCUUACUGAGUACUGCUUACUCUGAUACCUUACUGAUUACUGCUUACUCUGAUUACUUCCUGAUACAGCGUCUACAGAUGAACAUACUGACUCACGUCACCAUGGAGGACACGAGUAUAUAUGAUUGGAUAUACCAGAUAUUGAUGGUCCCAAUGGAUGUUCUAAAAGGAAAUACGAAUAAAAGAAAGAAGUAUUUAAAAAAAUUGAAACAGAGAGGAGAGAGUGUAAGUUACAGAGGAAGAUCACAGGACAGUGUACAACACGUGACGUGGCUCUGGAGAUACGGGUACAUGGCAAGACCUGACAUCGUGAGAUCCUGUAUAGGCCUCCAUCAACACUGGGAUAUUUACAUCGUCGACAACAGAGCUUACAGAAAACCAAGUCAAUACCACACCUAUCCACCUGAUAUAAGAUGUUUUCUGUACUGUCUUCUGUUGGUGGACGACUAUACUCUUGAUAUCAAUGAACAGACUCACAAAACACUGUUCAAGGAAAUGAGAGAAAGGUAUUACACAGACCUACCUUCAAGUGACGAAAUAAACUUAACAGAUAACCGUAUUACGGAGGGAAUUAUUGACAGAAAGGGAAGUGUUAUCAAGUUUAACUCCACAGAAAUCAGACAUGACGUCAUGUAUGCAUUUUUGACGGAGUGUCUGAUGGAGGAAUGUGAUCUGGAGUUUUACCUGACAACAGCUUCAACUUGUGUUGUGUCAGAAUAUUGUAGAUCCUCGGAUUAUAAGAGGAGUGAGGGGGAGAGAUGUCUGUAUUUACCAAAGUGGCCGGAGAAGAUGUACGACUUCUUCAUAGACAAACUACAGCUGGACAUCAUCACACACUGUACCAUGUCUGACGAGGGGAUUCAUGACAGUAUCAGUAAACGUUUAAAUAUACCUGAAGAAGUAUUAAGAUGGGAUAUCGAUGCUAGAAAAAGGUUUGUGAAGAACUCCAAGCAAGAAAGCGUGAAAAUGUUUCGCGCCAGAGGUAUGAUAGUUGGAUGUGCAGGAGCAGGAAAAACAACUCUUCUUAGAAAGCUUCAGGGAAGAAAGAAAACAGAUGUAGAUAAGCAAACUGAGACAACUAUAGGUCUUGAGGUCCAUGAAGAUUUGUUUGUUAUCGAAGACAACAAGUUAAUAGAUUUUAGUACCAGGAAGGCAAAUAGUGAAAACCAAUAUCUUGACAACAAUGUGGUAAGCAUGACAGACUUUGCGGGACAAGUGGCGUACUACGCAUGUCAUCAGGUAUACCUGUCAAGGAGAGCAUUCUAUAUCGUGGUUAUUGACAUGUCCAAGAAGCUUGAUGAAGAGAGCCGAAUGUAUGACACAGAUCGCCAUGACCCAACUGGAUCCUUAUUUCACUCCUGGACUUAUGGAGACUAUUUCCAUUUUUGGCUGCAAACUAUAAAUACAUAUUGCAAUGAAGGAAUAAUACAAGGGAAUCCGAAAGACACUACAGCAAUCAAAGACGCCAAGGAGAAUAUCAAUUUUCACCCAGUAAUCCUUAUUGCCUCCCAUAAAGACCAGCUGUUUCAUUCUCCUGAUGUAGGAUUGAGCGUGAACAAUCUGAUUCACCAUUAG